AUGGAAUCACUCGUUUAUGAGAACUCGCCCUUGGCCGAAUACCUCGAAGGGGAGGGUGGACACCAAGAGAGUUGGCCGGUGGAGGAGAACCAAAGCGACGAUGAUCAUACCAGUGCCUUCGACUUUGCCCCCCGAGGGGCUUCCAAAUUCCAGACCCGCGUUCGCAACAAGCUACCAAAGCCUCUCGAUCUCAGAGGUACACCGCAAGGCGAGUUCGCCGGUAAACUCUACGAUGCUUGCUCGUCUGCCUUGAACGUCCGGCUACCGCGCAGCGACAAUGAACGAUUUUUGGAACAAUUCGGCUACGUGAUUGUCGCAUCGCAACUGCUGAACGAGCAUAGCGCCCCUUCCUAUACCUCCGCCUCCGAUGUCCUCUCAGCAACACAACCAACAGCCCUCCCUUCAUUAUCUACGACGUUUGGAAUUCAAGGCGCGAUUGUCACAGCCUGCACAUCUUUCUCUAUUGCUUGGUUAUUACAUUGGAGUCGUUCAAGGACAGGGUCAGGGCUCAAUCCUAAAAAGGUUGGAGUGCUCCUGAUUCUUGUUCCAGUUCUUGGUGUUUUGUUCUACGCCUUCGCGAAACGGCAAUGGUUGAAAUACCUCCGGCAUCAGGCUGUGGACGCAGCUGGCACAUUUAUUGGAAAUGCCCAGGGCUUUGAUUCUGCAGCCUCAGCUUCUGUGGUUUUUAUACAGGAGGUUGAGCUCGUUUCCCGGGGUUAUCGCAUAAGCACACCCCUCCCUCCUAUCAGCCGACUCGAAGAUCAAAUACAAACGCGCCGAUGCUUGAGACUGCGCAGAACAGUUUCAGAGUGCUUCUACUCUAUGCUCGAGCGAUACGUGCGAUCCGAAAACACAUUGCGCCCACUUACUGACGAGGCCAACCUCGCCAAAUAUUACGAUAUUUAUGACAUUGGAUUGGAGGAACUUGCGGCUAUUGAGUCGUCCCUAUCGCAGCGAGCAAACGAUGAUCAAUACUCGCUGCGUGCCCUCCGGGAUCUAUUUGGAAAGCUCUACAGUGUGCGGAAGAGCGUCCUAUGCUGCUUGUUGGCCCUCAGUGCCGACGGUGGAGGCUCCGACAUUGGGAGAUGGAGUUCAGCUGUCGAAGAGAUGCGUGAACUUGCCGCAGUGACCGGAGACAGCAUGUUGAAGAUGACUGCUAUCCUCAACGAGGAAGAUCGUGACAACAUCCCUCCAUCUCCGUUGCCUUCUGCUUCCGUGUCGCCAAGCAAGGAUUAUUUGCGGGCCCAAAUUCGACGAUUCAGUUCCUUGUCUCAAGGGGUCCGUGCCUUGCAUGCCAAAAUGCACAUUGUCAGCGAGGAGUCACACGCCAGUCUAGAGCGACCUGACUCUGCUGACUAUGAGGCUGCCCUCCUUACACAAUACGACUCAGUUGGCGGUGACUUGAGAGCCCUCCUUCAAGAGUGGGAAGCUGGCAAGGCCGCACUGGUCAACCAAGACCGACUUAGUGUGGAUCGCUCACGGCCACCAAGUACGUUGCUGAUGCCCAUGUCUCCCACGCCCAGCCUGGGAGGCUCCACGGCGGUUGAGGGCAGCCCGACCGAUGCUCUCAAAGCCUUGAAUGGCGAGGGCCGGCCGGAUCUGACCCAAACCUACGACGAUGAGGAGAUUUUCGAAGCUGUUGUCCUUCCCGCAUCUAGAAACAAGCGAGUAUCCUUGACCCGAGAUGAGCGUCUUGCACGCGCCAGCCUUCUGAAGCGCGUCGUCGACGCCAUCAAGGACCUCGUCCAGGACUGCAACUUCGACUGCAAUGACUCCGGCAUCGCCCUCCAGGCCAUGGACAACUCCCACGUUGCUCUGGUCUCCAUGCUUCUCCGCGCUGAGGGUUUCUCCCCCUACCGCUGCGACCGUAACAUCGCCCUCGGCAUCAACCUGCUCUCUUUGACCAAGGUCCUCCGCGCCGCCCAGAACGAAGACAUUCUGACCCUCAAGGCUGAGGACUCACCCGAUGCCGUCAACCUGAUGUUCGAAAGCGCAGAGACCGACCGUCUCAGCGAGUAUGAUAUUAAGCUUAUGGACAUUGACCAGGAGCACCUGGCCAUCCCCGAGACCGAGUACGCUGCUACUGUUGAGAUGCCUUCUGCCGAGUUCCAGCGCAUUUGCCGAGACCUCAACGCACUGUCUGAGUCAGUCGUGAUCGAGGCCAGCAAGGAGGGAGUCAAGUUCUCCUGCCAGGGUGACAUCGGUAACGGAUCCGUUACCAUCCGCCAGCACACCAACGUCGACAAGCCCGACCAGAACGUCGCCAUCUCCCUCUCCGAACCCGUCGCCCUGACCUUCUCCCUCAAGUACCUCGUCAACUUCUGCAAGGCCUCCAACCUGUCCUCGUCUGUGAUCCUGCACCUCUCCCAGGAAGUGCCGCUCCUUGUCGAGUACGGUCUCGGCAGUGGCCACCUGCGGUUCUAUCUGGCUCCCAAGAUCGGUGACGAAGAGUAA